UGAGAGUCAAGGAAGCAAAGAAAAUAGUUUAGCCGAAGUUCUUAGCCAGAAGCAUUGAUCGAGAGCAAAAGGGCAAAGACGCUAGGCAAUAGUGACCGACCACUCGAUAGUUAAUUACUUUUCCCUGCGCGCGUAUAAAUUGCUUGGUAGAUAGACCUGAGCCAGUUGCCAGAGUCGCGCUCAGCCUAGUACAGCCAGCGCCGCACGCGAUCGCACGGAACAAGCUGAGCGAGAGAGCAGGAGCAGCCAGUGUCCCUGCCCACUUCGCCGCGUUGCCAGCCAACUUUGUGCCACCGCCGCCACCGCAGCUGACGACGACGACGACGACGACGACAGUAGCGACAAAGUAGCGAGGAUUAAUUUGAGAAGCAACUCCACCGUAGCAGGAUGACUGAGAGAGAGGAUAAUGUAUACAAGGCCAAGCUCGCCGAGCAGGCUGAACGUUACGACGAGAUGGUCGAGGCAAUGAAGAAAGUGGCUUCGCUAGACAUUGAAUUGACAGUCGAGGAGAGGAACUUGCUGUCAGUUGCAUACAAAAAUGUUAUCGGUGCUAGAAGAGCCUCAUGGAGAAUAAUCUCGAGUAUUGAGCAGAAGGAAGAGACCAAGGGAGCCGAAGAGAAGCUCGAAAUGAUUCGUCAGUACCGCUCUCAAGUCGAGAAAGAGUUAAAAGACAUCUGUGCGGACAUUCUGGGUGUCUUGGAGAAACAUUUAAUUCCGUGCGCCUCCACCGGCGAGUCCAAAGUUUUUUACUACAAAAUGAAAGGAGACUACCACCGCUAUUUGGCCGAGUUCGCAAUUGGCAACGACAGAAAGGAAGCGGCAGAGAAUUCGCUAGUGGCGUAUAAGGCGGCUAGUGAUAUUGCCAUGACGGACCUGCCCCCAACUCACCCGAUCCGUCUCGGAUUAGCCCUCAACUUUUCGGUAUUCUACUACGAAAUCCUUAAUAGUCCAGACAGGGCAUGUCGCUUGGCCAAAGCCGCCUUUGAUGAUGCUAUCGCUGAGUUGGACACUCUGUCUGAGGAGAGUUACAAGGAUUCAACUCUCAUUAUGCAACUUCUCAGGGACAAUCUUACUUUAUGGACUUCAGAUAUGCAGGGAGAUGGUGAAGGAGAACAGAAAGAACAACUGCAGGAUGUAGAAGAUCAGGAUGUAUCGUAACUCUAGUUACAUCUCCCUGUACACUCUGUGACCAAGCCAUUGCUCCUAUGUUGCAGCCACAACGCGCUUCACGAGAAGAGAAUUAGUUUUGUCAGCUGUAUUGUACCAAAUUUUUCUUAGAACUUUAUUCUCAACAAAGUAUCUCAAAUUUCCUUUUCCAUGACUUACAUUCAAAUAGAGACAUUAUAAUCAACGGCUAGUGAUGUAGCAGUUCAAUUUUCAAUAAUUAUUACAUUUUGAAUUUGUUUGAGUGAUUGACUUGCAUUUUUUGUCUUCUUGCUUAAUUUUCUUCUGCCUUUUAUCACCAAAUGUAUGUGCAUAUAUCACUCAUGCCGUUUAUUAAAGUAGAAAUACUAAAUUAUAUACUUAACAGCUAUCGACCAUAACUUGAAUUAUAUUGAAUUUGAAGACACCUAAUUUCAUUACUGCGCAUUUUUAUUUCAACAUGCAAAAUUUACAGUCUAUGCUAACAAAUUCUAGAAACAUAACGAAUUUUCAAUGUGUCGUAAAUAGUAAGUAAUAAGAAAAAGCAUAAAUUUUAAAUAUAACGUUAAAAUUUCCAUUUUUUUUUAAUUAUUGUCCAGCUAACUGUAUCAUCGAUUAAUUGAUUCUUACACGAAUGCAUAUAUUGAGGAUGAGAAUAUAUUGGAAUAUAGUUGAAACUCUACAACAAAAGACUUUCCUAAGAAUUCUUGCAGAAUUGUACUAAUUGAAGAAUCAGGGUAGACUGAAGAUUCAGCUUAACGAAUUAUUUCAUUAUUCUUUCACUGCUUUGGAUAACAAAUUGUGAAAUUAU